GUCUUCUCUGCCUGUGUGCGCUCACACACACACACACAUGGGAAGACACAGCAGUGAUGGAAUAACAGAGGAGGCAUGAACGUGCAGUGUAGGCGGACGUGUGUGUGUGUGUGUGUGUGAGAGAGAGAGCAUGUGUGGAGGAGGACAGAGUGUGUUUGAGGACAGACAGUAGAGUGUUUGCCAGCCCGAGGUGCGGAGCAGGGUCGAGUUGAACGAGCCUCCAGGAUUUUUUGGUUUGCAGCAGUGCAGCAGGAGCAGAAGAAUGUUUUCAGCCACAGUCCUGAAAGUGUGGAAUCUUAAAAUAAGAUGCAAGGACCAGACUCAAAGGCCUUAAAGGGAAAGUCCCCUUAAUUACACCUGUGCACUCAUGACAUGAUGACUUUACAGCUCUUAAAGAGGAGAGAGAAAAGCGGUAAUGCGGCAUAUUAGUGCAGUGUUGAACUGUGCAAGUGGAUGGACUGCAACUCCAUGACAUAAUAAAGACAGAUCAAGCUUGAGUCAUUGCUCUGUCACAACUUGGCUCAGUGAUGAGUUUGUCAGAGGCCAGGGAGAGCUUCCAGGUCAGAGACAAAGGUGGAUCUUACAUGGGUCUCCCUCUUCACACAGCAGGAGACGUCAACGGGAAUGCUUUCUCAGUUUCCUCUUCCUCCCCAUCCUCCUCUUCCUCCUUCUACUUGGGGGAGUCGUCUCCCGAGUUACUCCGCAGUUUGAGCAGCCUGAGCGGGGGCCAGACUGACAACCCACUGGACUACGAUAUGUUUGAGGUCACCCUCACAACAACAGUGCUGUCCAAAGAAACAGAUGUUGUCAUUUCAAAAUGGUUGCCAAAGGAGGACGGUGAAGCAAAUGACUGUGAAGACGCCUCAGAGGGAAAGAUUCAAAUGGUAAAGGAGCAGUCAGAGUCCAACGACAACUCUGUGUCCAUUUACCUGGACGCUAGCAGUGGUGAUUACUGCCAGGAUGACUGGAACGAUAAUGACAACCUGACUGUUGCCCAGUCACUGUCAACAAACAGCUGUAGUUGUGGCAAUAAUGACCACCUCAGCAGUGGAAGUGGAAGAAGACACGACUCCUCAACUCAAGAUUCAGAUGCAACAGAGGUCCCUGUUGAUGAUGAUGAUGAUGAUGACGAUGAUGAGGAGGAAGCGGCUUUGUUUCAGUCUGUAAGCUCUGAGCUCGGUGCACAGAGAAGCAGCUCAGCAAUGAUUCCAUGUGGCUGUGCUGCAGUGAUGGAAGGCACUGGGACUGUGAUGGCAGCAGAGCUGCUGUUGGAAAGGUCUGAGGUCAGCUGUCCCCUGGAUCUACCGAUGGACAACAAAUCCGAUUCUUGUACUUCAGAGAUACCGAAUGAAAAGAUUCAGAUCUUGUCUGUCUUGUCUCAAGAUUCUAAAGAGCUUGCGUCUCCUGAGGAAUCUGAAAAACGUGCAGUGGCUUCAAAACCCACCCGACCCAGCACCAGUCAGCCCGGCAGAGCUGUGAAUACCAAACCAACCACUGCUCCUCCUACUACUACUACUCAAAAGUCCACAACCUCUGCAGGCAUCAAACUGUCCAGCAUGGAGACAAAGAGAGUUUCCAAACCAGACCUAAAAAAUGUCAAGGCUAAAGUGGGGUCACGACCCACUACGACCCCUGCUAAAGCACCUAACCAGCAGAUCAAAUCUGCUCCAGCCACUGGAAAGAAAGUUGUUUCUAGGAAGGAAGAAGUGCAGACUGGGGAUGGGGUUAAAAGUCAAAGGUCCUCUGCUGAUCCAUCUAAAGUGGCCGUGGUGCAGAAACCCAUCAGAGGGAGGAUGAGUAACCUCAAAACAACAGCCACUGACUGUAUUGUGCCAGAGAAGGAGAGUGCAGCUGUCAGUCCCCUGGGGUGUGAAGUGUUUGAGGAAGGUCCUGUGGACACUUACAGGAAAGCUGCCCAGGAAGUGCCUGACAAACACUGUGCAGCUGAGAGUGUGGAGAUCCACACAGGUGUAGAUGCUGGUGUGAAGGACCCAGUGGAAGGAACAGUAGAGGUUGUAAUGUCAGAGGUCGCCUCUGUGGAAAAACCAAAGAGUCACAACAGGAAAGUCUCCUCCAAGCUGGGGUCAAGUGCCAGGCAGCAGGGGAAAAGCCCCAGAGUGGACAAGGCCUGUGGAGCAGCUGCACCUCCAGGCUCAGGGACUGGACCUCCAGGACAGGGGAGCCUCGGACUUAAGCAAACCCAGAAUGAAAGCUCCAUGUUGGGAGAAGUUGGACAGAGUGCUGGGGCAGGAUCUCCAACAAGAGUGAGGCAGACCCAGAGCCAGAGUAUUCCCAAACCUCGCACCACCACAGAGCGAGCUGCCCCGGGUCUCACAUCCUCCAUCUUCAAACCAGUCCCAGCCAAUCAGCAGUCAGCAGCGGUGUCUGCCGGACGACCUGCUGCCCCCACGGCGUCAAAACUUCCUGUUAAGGGAUUAUCUGCAACCCUGAGUGUUCCAUUAGUGGGACGCACUGACAACAAUGGAGCCACCAGCAAAGCUUCUGCAGCUCCAGCAGGGAUCAGACCAGAGGAGCGAGCCAGCAGAGGCAUGUGUCCUGUGGGCAGCCAGAAUGUGGCAAAUCCACCCGGGUCCAGCACUACAGCUGCCGCCAGUGAGGCUGUUAUCGGUACUAACAGUGCUGCUCCAAAGGCACCUUUGAUGAGGACCAGAGCCCUGUCUCUGCAGGCCAGGACCACUGCUACAGGUCUGAAGGCGCCAACAGCCUCGAAUCACAACACAAGCAAGAGCACAGCAGUCAGUCAGACAGCGGUGAAGGCCGCUCCCUCUGCUCAUCAGGCCUCCAACAAGCAGACCUCCCAGUAUCCCUUGCAAAGAAGUGGCUCGGCGAGGCUCAGUCGACUGAACAGCACAGUGGACAAAAACAAACCCAGGGAGGCUCCGGCAAGAUCCACCAACAACACCAACACCAGCAGCAGCAGCACCAGCAGCAGCAGCACUUCACAGGUCACAGCAGCAGCAGCCGCCACUGGUGGAGGAACCAGCCUCAACCGACUGCAGCCUCAACCUGACCUGGUACUAGAUGUACCAGUCGCCGAAGUCACCAACCCCGGAUCAUGCACUACAGGAACCUCUGGACUUGGGUUCAAAGGGAGAACUGGGUCACGGUCCAGCCCCAAGACUGGAUCCCGCCUACAGAAUGCUUUCAAACCUGGUGUGGCCAGGGCUGCAACGACAGACGGGAUCGCAGUCACCGCCAAACAGAACCAGAGCAAAGAGCAGGCAGAGAAGAAGAACCAGGCCAUCACCCAGCUGAAGAGGCUGCUCACCCAGGGGAAUAAGAGAGUGGAGGCACUUGCUACAGUUAUCCAGUAUCUCUUCUCUGAGCGUGAGGAGUCUUUGAAGCAGAAGAAGGAACUGUCGCUGGAACUGGCAAACCUGCGCGACGAGCUGGUUGUGUCGACACAGUCCUGUGAGCGUCUGAAGAAGGAGAGGGAUGAGGUGCGUGUCAGUCGGGAGGAGGCUCUCAAAAGUCUGGAGGAGCAGCACAAGGAGGAGCUGGUGCAGCUGGAGGACAGACUAAGGAGUUUCUACCAAACAGAGUGGGACAAGGUCCACCAGAUGUACCAGGAGGAGGCUGACAAAUGUCGCAUGUUGAUGGAGCAACAGGUGGAGGAGCUGAGGAGUCAGCAUGAAGCAGAGAAGAAGAAUCAUGAAGUGAGUCACAGCCAGAAGAUGGAGUCUGUCAAACAGCAGUAUGAGAACUCCAUACAAGUACAAGACAAAGUCCACCUUGCAGGCAAUAAAGAGCUGAAGAGAAUCCAGCAGACAGAUGUGGAGAACUUGCAGACAACACUGGCAGAGACUGAAACUUCUCUCUCAGAGAAAAUAACUGAGCUGUCUGCAGAGAAGGAGGCCCUGAGUGAGAGGCUGCAAGCAGAGGAGGAGAGGAGGAGGCGGAUACUCACUGACAAGAAUUUGAAGGACUCCCACACUGUGUACCUGGAGCAGGAGCUGGAGAGUCUGAAGGUGGUGCUAGAGAUCAAGAACAACCAGCUGCACCAGAAGGAGAAGAAGCUCAUGGAGAUGGACAAACUGGUGGAGACAAACGUGAAACUGGAAGAGUGUCUGACGAAAGUCCAGCAGGAGAACGAGGACUACAAGGCCAGGAUGGACAAACACGCGGCUCUCUCCAGGCAGCUGUCCAGCGAACAGGCAAAACUCCAGCAGACGCUGCAGAAGGAGUCAAAGGUCAACAAGCGUCUAUCCAUGGAGAACGAGGAGCUGCUGUGGAAGCUGCACAAUGGCGACCUGCUGGCCAGUCCCCGCCGCCUCUCACCCACCUCACCCUUCAACUCACCCAGGAACUCGGCCUCCUUCCCCACAGCUGCACCCUUAUCUCCCAGAUAACCUGACAGAAACAGAACCCCCCCCCCCCCC